CUAUCGCUGGGAAAUCUAUAUCAUUAUCUAUCAAUAUGAGUACGGACGACUACAAACCGGUGCUCACGCGACAAAAUCGCUUGGAAUUGUUUACGUUGGAAGAGUGUCAAGAGAUUUUGGUGAAUUUAUUGGCCGAUAAGCAGCAGCAUGGGGUCCUAAAACACUUUGAAAUAGUGCCAGCCUCAGAGCACGUUGGUUUUCUCGGAGAAUACUACCAUUUGGAGCUCAAAUACCAGCUGCAAGAUGUAAAAGAAGAGCAGACCACACGACUGUUCGUCAAGUCGGUGAUCUUUCAAAAUGCCAACAUGGAAUACUAUAUGGAGAAAAUGGGUCUGAUCAAGAAGGAGAGCAAGCUCUAUGAGUUGCUGCUCAAUGAGCUCAAGAAGUUCUCUCCUCAUGUGUGGUGCACCAAAUGCUAUUUCACACGCAAUGAUCUCUUCGUGAUGCAGAAUGUCGAGGAUAUGGGUUAUGUGGCCCUUCCGUCGGGCACGCGCUUUCUCAGUGAGGAUCAGUUGGGUCCCAUUCUGAAGACUUUGGCCACCCUUCAUGCGAGUAGCGUGGCCUAUGAGCGACAGCAAGGACAAACUAUCGGCGUUCAGCUGAGGGAGUGGCUCAAAGAAGUAUCUGUUGAUCCGGAUGUAGAAUGGUACACCGCUGGUCUUAGGGCGGUUCUGGCCGUGGCUGCCACUCAUCCCGAUGUCCGCAACGAUGUCCGGGCCCAGGAGUAUAUAGCAAAGGAACUGCCCCGUCGCUUGGACAGUGUCUAUUAUAUGGUCAAUCCCUCGCCAGUUCACAGGAAUGUCUUCGUUCAUCGGGAUGCCUGGGGUGCCAAUGUUUUCUAUCACAAGGAGCGGCCGCUGGAGGAGCGCUCUGUCCUGGUGGACUUCCAGUUGUGUAGAUAUUCCCCGCCAGCCAUGGACUUCCAUUUGGUUAGCUAUCUCAAUCUAGAGCCCGCCAAUCGUAAGGAAAUGAUUGGUCGCUUGGUAAAUCUCUACUACGAAACAUUGGCGGAAGAACUCAAGACAAUGGGCAUCGAUCCCAGUCAAGAGCAGCUGAGUCGCGAGGAGUUUGAACAAUCUCUCAAGGAUUUUGCCCUGUUUGGGGUCACGUACAACUGCAUAGCAGCCACAAUACUCCGCCUGCCCGACAACUACCUGAAGAGCCUUAAGGAUCAACGACCAGCGGACUUUCAUCGCUUCUGUAAUAUCGAUCGUACACCCGAUGUUCUCAGUCUGAUGAACGAUCAUCAAGACUUUGCCGAUUAUAUGUAUGAAUGUGUGGGGGAUUUGUUGGCACUGACAUAUCAUAAACGAAACUGAUUAAAAUGGAAUUGUCUCACUA